CCCUGAGGCCCAGGGAGGUGCUGAUGACAGACAGAAAUGGCCGCCUGGUGCCUCCCGGAGCAGAGGAGAGAGCUGCAGGGGGACAAGCGCAACAGGGCCAUCACGGCCCGGAGGCAGCACCUGAAGAGCGUCAUGCUCCAGAUCGCAGCCACGGAGCUGGAGAAGGAGCAGAGCCGCCGCGAGUCGGAGAAGCAGAACUACCUGUCGGAGCACUGCCCCCCCCUGCACAUCCCCGGGUCCGCGUCCGCGGUGCAGGAGCUCUGCAAACAGCUGCAUGCCAAGAUUGACACAGCGGAGGAGGAGAAAUACGACAUGGAGAUCAGGGUGCAGAAGAGCACCAAGGAGCUGGAAGACAUGAACCAGAAGCUCUUCGACCUGAGGGGCAAGUUCAAGAGGCCCCCACUGAGACGCGUGCGCAUGUCCGCGGACGCCAUGCUCAAGGCGCUGCUGGGCUCCAAGCACAAGGUGUGCAUGGACCUGCGGGCCAACCUGAAGCAGGUCAAGAAGGAGGACACGGAGAAGGAGCGGGACCUCCGCGACGUGGGCGACUGGAGGAAGAACAUCGAGGAGAAGUCGGGCAUGGAGGGCCGCAAGAAGAUGUUCGAGUCCGAGUCCUAGGCUGCCGGCCGCCCACGGCCUGGCCAUCUGGCGUCCUGUCCUCUCAACUGCCAAUAAAGGACUCCACUCCCCA